UGAUUUGCUUCUUUACUCUCCCAUUUGCUUCCGAACAAGCUUUUUAUUUAUUUAUUUAUUUGUUACAAUCUCAAGAGCUUAAUAUAAUGUUUCCAUUUUUUAGUCUUUAAUCCAUUCUUUUCUUCUUCCUUUUUGUGGUGUUUUUGUGUAUACAUAUUCAGAUUUAAGUGGUGGGUCAGCUACUAUGGCUUCGUCUCUCUUACUGGCGGUGGUGGUUGUGCUUGAUAUGGUUGCUUUUGCUCUCGCUGUUGCUGCAAAGCAAAGAAGGAAUACUGCCUCGUUAAAUAAAGACAGUGCAGGUAGAAACUACUGUCAAUAUGACUCAGACAUUGCAACCAACCUAGGAGUGGGGUCCUUUUUUAUCCUAGUUGCCAGUCAAGUGAUCAUUAUGGUUGUAACUAGAUGCCUGUGCUGUGGGAAAGCUAUGAGACCCAGUGGAUCAAGAUCAUGGGCAAUUUGCUUAUUCAUCACUAGUUGGUAUUGUAUGAUCCAGGGUAACAUUUUUCAUUGCUGCUUCGUGCCUGCUAGCGGGUUCUGUGAGGAAUGCUUACCACACCAAUUACCGCGAUCUCAUGGGAGAGAGAGCACCUUCAUGCCAGACCUUGAGGAAGGGAGUGUUUGGAGCUGGAGCUGCUUUCAUUAUUUUCAAAGGCAUAACCUCAGACCUUUAUUAUGUUAGUUUUUCGAAAGCUAAUAAUAAUGGUCCUCCUCCCUAUGCUAGGGACACUGGUGUGAGGAUGGGAAAUUUGUAGUAGUAGUAGUAGUGUGGGGAAAUUGUUUGUAAUAUUAACUAUUAAGUUGGAUGUGAAAAGCUACCUGUAAAUUAUUAUGAAUUAUUGGUUGAAAAUAAGACCCCCCCCCCCCCCC